CUUAAUCUCUGCCUUUUUUUCUUUCUUCUUUCUUUCUUUUCUCUGCCUCUCUGUCCUAAUAAAUCCUUUCAGCAGGCCUCUGCCUCUCUACCCUACCAUGCCACUCUUUUCUCAGCCGCUCGACCACCGGCCGUGGCUCCCAUCCAAAAACAACCUUCUCAUAUACUCUUCUCUAGCCGCCGCGACCGCUGCCCUGGCAUAUCGAACCUCGCAGCGAUCGUCAACGAAGAUGUCGGCUGCCGAUCUACUCAAUAGCACCAAACGCACGCUUUUCAGAGAAACCAAAGAGUCUACAUUCAAACAACACAAGCCAUCAUUCCCCGUGGUAGACGUUGCCAAAAAAGUCGGUGUCAAUGACGAAUUCUAUCGACAAUUGCGUGCCAUUGCAAAGAUUCUCUUUCCUAAUUUCCAUACGAAAGAAGUAUUUUUGCUUAUCCUGCAUUCCAUUUUCCUCAUUCUGCGUACAUAUUUGAGUGUGGUGGUCGCAAGAAUCGAUGGCCGUAUUGUCAGAGACUUGGUCAGCGGUCGUGGAAAGCGUUUCCUUACAGGCUUGAUGUAUUGGUUUGCAAUUGCUGUCCCAGCAACAUAUACAAACAGUAUGAUCCGAUAUCUCCAAUCAAAACUUGCCAUCGGAUUCCGUACACGUUUGACACGUUAUGCCCAUGAUUUGUACCUGAACGAAGACAAGACAUUUUACAAGUCCAUCAAUUUGGAUGGGCGAAUUCAGGGUGCUGAUCAAUUUAUCACGACCGAUAUUGCGAAAUUCUGCGACACAUUGGCAUCAUUGUAUUCAAAUCUUGCCAAACCAGUACUGGACAUGUUGAUUUUCAACUAUCAAUUGAUGAAGUCGAUCGGCUUGGCUGGUACGAUCGGCCUUGGUGUGAACUACAUCGUAACGGCCAGACUUCUGAGAGCCGUGACACCUUCCUUUGGCAAACUGGCAGCCGUCGAAGCAAAGCUUGAGGGUGAUUUCCGUGCAGCUCAUACCCGACUGAUUACAAAUGCAGAAGAAAUUGCGUUUUACAAUGGCGGCGAACUGGAACACUCAAUUUUGGAUAAAGCAUAUCAACGCCUUGUCAGACACAUCAAUUCAAUUUACAAGAUCCGCAUCAAUUACAACAUGUUUGAAGACUUUUUGAUCAAGUAUGCAUGGAGUGCUUUCGGCCUCGUUCUCUGUGCUAUCCCAGUUUUUGCUCCCCAUUUGGUGGGCGACUUGCCUGGCAAGCUCACCAAGGACAUGGAUGAAAACGCUAAAGUAGGAUCGCGCACUCGCGGGUUCAUUACAAACAAACGAUUGAUGAUGUCACUUGCAGAUGCAGGUGGUCGCAUGAUGUAUUCGUACAAGGAACUGGCUGAAUUAGCAGGCUACACUACCCGUGUUUAUACUUUGCUGUCAGUUCUCCACUCAUUGCAUGCAAACGAGUUUGACGGUCCCAAUGAAGCUGUGCGAUUCGCACUUACCAACAUCCAGGGCAAAAUCAAGCUUGGUGAGGACGGCAUCAAAUUUGAAAACGUACCGAUCGUAACGCCUGCUCCCGGUAAAGAUCGCCAAGGCGAACUUUUAGUGGAGAAUCUGAACGUUCAUAUCCGCCCUGGUGAGCACAUGUUGGUCACCGGGCCAAAUGGUGUGGGCAAAACAGCUGUCGCACGUGUCAUUGCCACCCUCUGGCCAACAUUUGAGGGCACGCUUUCACGACCUAGUGAUGAGAAUAUUUUCUACAUCCCACAAAGACCCUACUUGAGCAUAGGCACUCUUCGAGACCAAAUCAUCUACCCCCACACUCAUGAAGACAUGAAAAAGGACGGACGAACGGAUGAAGAGCUCAUGAAAAUUUUGGACGUUGUGCGCUUAGCUUACAUUCCCGAUCGUGAAGGUGGCUGGGAAACCAAGAAGGAAUGGAAGGAUGUUUUCUCGGGUGGAGAAAAGCAAAGAGUCGGUAUGGCACGCUUGUUCUAUCAUCAUCCUAAAUAUGCCGUUUUGGAUGAAUGUACAAGUGCUGUAUCCGCCGACGUUGAAGGUCUUAUGUACGCACACGCCAAGGAUAUGGGCAUCACGCUUCUGACGAUCUCUCAUCGACCAGCAUUAUUCAAAUACCACCAAUAUCUCUUACGACUCACCGGUAACCAUGGCCAAUGGGAGUUAGAGCAGAUUGGCGGACAGCAGCAACAACAGUCAUUAGAUAAGGAAAUGCAAACGCUCGAGGACAAGCUACAAAGCGUAGAAGCACUCAAGUCGCGACUUGGUGAAAUCGACCACGAGCUCAGUUUGAAGCUGUAACUAUCUCAACUCGAAUAUGUUGUGAGCAGCCGCCAUGUUGAACAUGGAGCUUGUUUGUAGCAGUAUCAGUAGUCAACACCUUGAGCCUUUCUCUAUCUCUUCUUCUUUACCCUUCUUUCCUUUUCACAUAUGAUCAUCGUCGAAUUUUCUCCUUAUCCCGUAUGAUUCCACCUUUUGGAUUUUAUUUUUAUAUACUUAAAUGUACGGAUUUGAUAUACCAGAGUGACCUAAUAAUAGAAAACUGUACGCUUAUAUAUAUACAGCCAUAUAUAAAUUUAUUCUUUCUCCAC